AUGUCUGCUCUCCGACGUACCUUACUCACAACUGCAUCUCUCAGACCCGCAACAACAACAACAACCACCAACACCCGCCUCUAUCAACCACUCAUCACAAACACCAAACUCUUCUCCACCACAACCGCAAGAAUGGGUGUCCACAACAUCAAGAACAAGGCUGAGUGGGACUCUGCCAUGUCCGAGAAGGGUGUCGCCAUCGUCGACUUCUUCGCCGUAUGGUGUGGACCUUGCAAGGUCAUUGCGCCCAAGAUUGUCGAAUUCUCCGACAAGCACACCAACGUUCGCUUCUACAAGCUCGACGUCGACGAGGUCCCAGAGGUCGCUCAGGAGGUCGGUGUUCGCGCCAUGCCUACUUUCAUGAUCUACAAGGACGGCGAGAAGAUCAACGAGGUCGUCGGCGCGAACCCACCUGCCGUUGAGUCUGCCAUCACCGCUGCUUCUGCUUAA